AUGAGAAAGAGAUUCCGAGAUAACAAUGAAAAGGCCACCAUCCUGGAGGUGGGUGAGUUUGCAGACUGGAUUCAUGGAGAGGUAGCUUCAUCUAUACGAGCAACAGAGGCUGGAGAUGUUUGGCGCCAAAGCUGCCUUGUACCGCUUGAUGAAAAUCGCCUCCGCAACUGCCUCCAAGGGAACCCAGCUACAGCUGCCCCAGAGGAUAGAAGCCCCGUUUUCGAUGGCCGCUUCGACUCGGACAGCAACGCCCAAAGAAUGUUCAGCACGUGGUCCCCACCUCGAACAAGUGCCUUUGCCCAUCAUCCCGUCCACGGAGGCAUCGAGCCGACACUCCAGCCCCGAAUAUUCAUCUCCUUCGCUGCGGUCAUCACAUAA